AUGAACGCGGAAAAUUCAUCACCCAACAUGGACAAAUCCAUCCCGAGCACAGAAGCCGAAUUGGAGGCCUUCCGACGACAGUGGCGAGAAGAAGUAUCGGCGAGGAAUAAAAGACCCGACGAGCCUGUAUCCAAGAUCCACCAUAUGCCAAAGAAGGAGAGACAGAAGAGCGAUGCCACAAGACCUGCACCCACAUCCGGACCUUCCAAUCCCCGUCGUAAAGACGAAUAUUCCGAGGAACUAGAACCCCGGACGUAUCAUGACCUCCCCGAUAAGGAAGAACAGCUACGGUUGGGUGUUGAAGGUCAAGACCUGAACAGAGACCUCUUCAAGGAACCCUCGUCUGCCUUGGAACACUACGAACGUGCCGUGGAAAAGGAAACUCAAGGCAAUCUCAGCGAAAGCAUGAGACAUUACCGCAAGGCUUUCAAGCUCGAUGAUGGUGUGCAUGAAGCCUACAAGAAGAAACAUUUCCCUCCUUCCUCUUUCGUCAAAUCAAAACCCACCAAUCCCAAUCCAUCCAACGCUUCCGAGACCGUGCCGGGAACCGCCCACGCGUCCCUACAUGGUGGUGACACUUCCCUGAAUGGUGGUGGUGGUGGCACUACCUCCUCCCUCAUCGAAGCCUUCAGCGGUCUACGAAUUGAACCCGCCGAUCCACCCACCGAUGCCUCUCCCCAAGAAAAGUGUCCCAUCGCCGAGCUUCCAGAAGAACUCCUCACUCAAAUCCUCACCACCCUCGCCAUCAUGGACGUCGCAGCCUUCGCUCGUGUUCCCCAAGUCUGCAAACGCCUCGCCUACCUCACCCACACCGAAUCCAGCAUUUGGAAACGAGUCGUCCUCGGCUCCGAAUGGGGUUUCGGAGGAAUGCRCUACACCUACGCCUGCACCGUCGAAGGCGGCCCCCUAGAAAAUUCCUUCGCCAGCGAUCCCCACCUCCUCUCCGAUGACCCUCCCUCCCAACCCCAAUCAGAAACAGCAAUCGCCCUUUCAACCCGCACAGACCAACUCCUCCAAUCCACCUACGCAAAUUCCUACCGUCAAAUGUUCCGCUCCCGUCCCCGCCUCCGCUUCGCAGGCGUCUACAUUUCCACCGUCAACUACACCCGAGCCGGCGGUCCUCUAACCAACACUCUCACCUGGGGCAAUCCCAUCCACGUCGUGACUUAUUUCCGCUACCUCCGCUUCUUCCGCGACGGCUCUCUCAUCUCCCUCCUCACAACCUCCGAACCAGCAGACGUCGUCCACCAUCUCACAAAAUCCAACCUCCAUCAUCAUACAUCCUCCUCUUCAACACUCCCCAGCUCCGUCAUGAAGGAUGCUCUAAGUGGACGCUGGAGACUCACAGGUGCGGAGGAAGGAGAGGAGGAAGGAGAAGUAUGUGUAGAAACUCAAGGCGUCGUGCCCAAGUAUUUAUAUGUCAUGCGCUUGGUCGUCAGUUCGGCGGGCAAAGUCACGCGGGGCAAUAAAUUGGCGUGGAAGGGAUUUUGGAGUUGGAAUAAAUUGACGGGGGAUUGGGGAAGGUUUGAAUUGAGGAAUGAUCGGGCGUUUUAUUGGAGUCGCGYGAGGAGUUUUGAGGGGGAGUAG